ACCCUCCUUAAGCUUCAAUAUUUAUUCAUAGCAAAAUUAAAUAAAUCAUUUUAAAAUAAAACCUAUGCAAUCUCAACACGUACUAGUCUCUAAUUUGUUUACUAAACAGAUAGAUAUAUAUAUAUAUAUAUAUAGAGAGAGAGAGAGAGAGAGACAUGAAGAGCACUCUCAAGAGAGAAUAUAAGGAAUCAUGCAGUUACAGUUGUAGGUGAGAGGUUACACAGCUUCAAGGUCUCAUCAAUGGAGAAUUCUAACUCUUAUUCUCCUUAUUCCUCAUCCUCUGUCGACAGUACUAAGCCUUCACUUUCUGUUAAUCUCUCCCUCAGCCUCACCUUUCCUUCUACUUCUUCACAAAGAGCGACAAGCCAAGAUUGGCCCCCUAUAAAACCUCGUUUAAGAGACACACUAAAGAGUCUUCGUCUUCGUCAACGCGGUUACAACACAGCUCUCUUUAUCAAGGUUUAUAUGGAAGGUGUCCCCAUUGGGAGAAAGCUUGAUCUUUCCACAUUCUCAGGCUACGAGAGUCUGCUAGAAAAUCUGUCUGGCAUGUUCGAUACAUCAGUUAUCUGCGGGAAUCGAGAUAGAAAACACCAUGUUUUGACAUAUCAAGACAAAGAUGGAGACUGGAUGAUGUAUGUUUCUUGAAACCGUGAGAAGACUGAAGAUCACAAGACCGGAGAGGUGUUAAAACUCAGUUUCCACAGUUUUGAGAGAUUUAGGCGAGUCUUUACAUGUGGGACAGAGCUCUUGCCGGAUAUCAGCAACGAAGGCAUUAAAGAACUAGGAGGAUUGAUGCAUAUAUUUAUUUAACACCUAUGAGUGUGUGUUUUUUUUUCUAUAUAUAAACAAAACACAAUAUCCAAGAGUUUUUUUACAUGUUUGCAAUCGUGUUCCUUCGGAUGUGUACAUGACACAUGAAGAAACACACGAACAUUGUUGGGGAGCACGAACAUGUAACAAAGAUAGAGAGAGAUUGAUUCGAUUCUCUUUGUCUUGUUGAUUCAAUAUUCAGUUUAUUACACCA